AUGUCGGAUGGCAACGAGCGUAGCGAAGAAGAGAAAGAGAUUUUCCGUACUACGGAGGAGAACGAAUUGGAGUGGGAGGAUGCGCAACAUCUCUUGGACUUGAGAUGUAGAUCGAUAGUUUUUUGGAAUAAGCUAGCCGAAGCAGUGAAAUGGGCCGAGAGAGGUAGUUUGGAGUACCUUGAGACGAGAAUUAGAGAGGUGAAAACGCGUCUAGCCGCGCAGGGCAAGAUGACGCUAGGUCUCACGUCCAAAAUAGAGAUGUGUUUCAAGCAGUGGGAGGACGUCCUUGAGGAGUGGGACAGAAAGCAGGACGACUUGAGAGGUGUCCUGAGAAAGGUCCCGGAUGACAGACCAGAUAGUGAUGACGAAGGUCGAUAG